AUGUUUCAGAUGCUGAAGGGAGAGACAUCUGGCGGGACACUGCCCGACAACACCGUCAACAACCCCGCCUUCGCCACCGAGACUCAUCUUGUACAGCACGGCCGUCGCCGGGAAGGUCAGGUGCCCACAAAUCGGGCAGGGAGGGUGGUGUUGACCAGAACCCCGGCUUCCACGGGCGUCACGUCCUGCUCCGCCGUCCCCUGGCCACUCCCUCCUACAGAGUACGUCACGAGGUCCUUGCGCCGGAUCAUGGGGUACAGUUGGCGAGACCACGAGUUCAACCAACCUGUUACCUGCACAAUCCGGGAUCGCCAACUCGGGCUAUAUGGCCACCUGGCUCGCUUCCCCCAGGAUGAUCCUGCCCACCAGGUUAUCUCGGUACGAGACACCCCUGGGUGGCGGAGGCCUGUGGGACGACCUAGGAGGUCGUGGCUUGGGCAGAUCAAUCAAACCUGUCGUGAAGAGCUUGAGAUGGACGAGUCCCUGCCUGGCGGCUUUCCAUGA